UUAAGAGACACUCACUCAAAGAGACAAGGUUCAACAGUCAAAAUAACGUCACUCUCUCCACCGCCAUUGCCACCACCACUAACAAUGGAGCUACUAAAUCCCCUCCGCCGCUCCUUCUCGCUCCCGAUUUUCCUCUUCUCAGCGGCAUUGCUGUUGAAUGCGGCAUCUCCGCUGGGAAUCAACUACGGCCAGAUCGCAAACAACCUCCCCCACCCCGAAUCCGUGGUCCCACUCGUCAAAUCCAUCGGCGCCCGCAGCGUCAAGCUCUACGACGCCGAUCCCCGCGUCCUAAAAGCCUUCGCCAACACCGGCGUCGAAUUCAUCGUCGGCCUCGGCAACGAGUACCUCGCCCGCAUGCGCGACCCCAAGCAGGCCCUCGCCUGGGUCAAAUCCAACGUCCAGUGCUACCUCCCCGCCACCAAAAUCACCUGCAUUGCCAUCGGCAACGAAGUCCUCACCCUCAACGACUCCGCCCUCUCCUCCAACCUCCUCCCCGCCAUGGAGUCCAUCCACACCGCCCUCGUCUCGCUAAACCUCGACAAGCAGGUCUCCGUCUCCACCGCGCACAACCUCGCCGUCUUAGACGUCUCCUACCCGCCCUCCGCCGGCGCCUUCCGCCGCGAUCUGGCGCCGAAGCUCUCCUGCAUCCUCGAUUUCCACAGCAAGGUCGGAUCUCCCUUCCUCGUCAACGCCUACCCCUUCUUCGCCUACAAAUCGAACCCGAAGCAGGUGCCGCUCGACUUCGUGCUGUUCGGGCCGGGCUCGGGGAUGGUGGACCAGGGAUCGGGCCUCCGCUACGACAACAUGUUCCACGCGCAGGUCGACGCGGCCUACGCGGCCAUCGAGAAGCUAGGGUAUAAGAAGGUGUGCCUCCAGAUCUCGGAGACGGGGUGGCCGUCGAAGGGGGACGCCGACGAGGCCGGGGCCACGCCGGAUAAUGCGCGCAAGUACAACGGGAAUUUGCUGAAACUGGUGGCUGCGAAGAAGGGGACGCCGAUGAGGCCGAAUGCGGACUUGAAUGUGCACGUUUUCGCCUUGUUUAAUGAGAAUCAGAAGCCCGGCCCGGCCUCCGAGAGGAAUUUCGGGCUGUUUAAGCCCGAUGGCACGCCGGUUUAUAAUUUGGGGUUCAAUACGACGGGAUUGGUGAGUACCAACUCUUCGGUGUCUGAUGGCGUCCCGGCGCUGUCAGGGUUCUCGCCGGUGGGCGCCGACAACUCUUCCAACGGCUACUUGGCAAUUACUGCCGACGACGCGGAGCGACUUCCUUUCCAAGGGGCAUUAUCAAUUUUGUGCCUGAUGGUUUCAGCCUUAGUAUCAUUUCAUCUCUGAUCAUAAUUCCAAGGGAAUCAAUCUACAGAGACAACUUGAAACGGAAGAACAGGGAGCUUCGGAUUAGGAAAAGGCAGAUUCCAUUGUCAUAUUCUUCUUCUCCUUCACUCGAACACAAAAAAGCUUACGUGUAAAGCUUCCUGUUGCAGUGUGGAGUAAGCCCAUAAGGGGGGUUGAGGCGACAUCCUCAUUAGUGAUAUGAAGAAUUUAGGAAGGUCGUCUAAAUUUAUUCGAGUGAUGGGAAUGAGAAAGAUGCAUUGAUCCUUUGUUACUUUAGGAUAGCAUUGAAUCUGCUUUUUCCUCUGUAUUUUUUUUGUCUAGGGUAUGAGCUCUAAAAGCACUAAAGUCUAAAGCACAUGUUCAAUCAUCUUCUUCUUGUUAUUACCCUAGAUUUAGUUUUAUGUUGUGGAUCAUGGACCCCCACUAUUAUUUAUUUCACCUCUUUAAUUAUUAUUA